AUGGAGCCAAAAGUCCUAAUCACCCUUAUCUUCUCCGUCACCGUUCUCUUCUUCUCUUUCUCCUCCGCCUCUUCUUCUUCCCAAUACCAAACACUCGUUGUCAACACUCUCCCUUCUUCCCCAAUCCUCUCAUGGCCCGAAUCCGAAUCCCUAUCCAGUGAAUCCGAAUCCACAACUUCACUCUCUGUUCAUUUAGCACACGUCGAUGCUAUCUCUUCCUCCUCCGACGCAUCUCCGGCGGACCUUUUCAACUUACGUCUCCAGAGAGAUUCUCUCCGAGCCAAAUCCAUAAUCAGCCUCGCAGCCGUCUCCGCCGGACGGAAUGCCACGAAGAAAACUCCACGCUCAGCCGGUGGAUUUAGCGGUGCCGUUAUCUCCGGUCUCUCGCAAGGAAGCGGAGAGUAUUUUAUGCGGUUAGGCGUUGGAACUCCGGCGACCAGCGUUUACAUGGUGCUCGACACUGGAAGCGACGUCGUUUGGCUCCAAUGCUCUCCUUGCAAAGUCUGUUACAACCAGUCCGACCCGAUUUUCGACCCGACUAAAUCCAAAUCUUUCGCCACCGUCCCUUGUGGAUCUCGCCUUUGCCGGAGAUUAGACUCGUCGGAAUGUGUCAGCCGUCGAAGCAAGACUUGCCUUUAUCAAGUAUCGUACGGUGACGGAUCGUUCACCGUCGGAGAUUUCUCCACCGAAACGCUGACGUUUCACGGAGCGCGUGUGGAUCAAGUUGCGUUAGGAUGCGGUCACGAUAACGAAGGAUUGUUCGUUGGUGCGGCUGGGCUAUUGGGCCUGGGCCGUGGAGGAUUAUCGUUUCCGUCGCAGACGAAAAACCGUUAUAACGGAAAAUUCUCUUACUGUUUGGUUGACCGGACUUCCUCUGGUUCUGCUUCUAAACCGCCGUCAACUAUCGUCUUCGGAAACGACGCCGUUCCGAAAACCGCCGUUUUCACGCCGUUGCUAACGAACCCGAAACUCGACACGUUUUACUACUUGCAGCUUCUUGGAAUCAGCGUUGGCGGUUCGCGCCUUCGCGGUGUUUCGGAGUCGCAGUUCAAACUUGACGCUGCCGGAAACGGUGGGGUUAUCAUCGACUCCGGUACUUCGGUUACUCGGCUGACGCAAACUGCUUACUUGGCUCUAAGAGACGCGUUUCGUUUGGGAGCGAAGACACUGAAACGUGCUCCGUCGUAUUCUCUGUUCGACACGUGUUUCGAUCUCUCGGGGAUGACGACGGUGAAGGUUCCGACAGUGGUGUUUCAUUUCGGCGGUGGAGAUGUUUCGCUUCCGGCGAGUAAUUACUUGAUCCCGGUGAACACUGAAGGACGGUUCUGUUUUGCGUUCGCCGGAACAAUGGGGAGCUUAUCCAUAAUUGGAAACAUACAACAACAGGGUUUCCGGGUCUCUUAUGAUUUGGGCGGGUCACGGGUCGGGUUUAUGUCUCGCGCGUGUUAG